AUGUACGCCAUUCCUCCAAGUGAGGACUUUGAGUCUCUCCCUCCUGCUGUACGCAGAAAGUUCUUCUCGAAUGUCGAGCGUUUGCGCAUUCGGUUAGCGCAGAGCGAUCACAGUUCCCCUGCGGUCUCCACGUCAAACUAUCAGGAUGCUCGGCUCUAUCGUCGGUCUGCGCACUCGCGUGGGUUGCGGAGCGGCUCGUCUGUGUCUUUAAACAAAAGGGGUCUCGAGAAACGUCCCUCGCCUUCCAGAAAAUUACGCAAACCCGGCUCGCUGCAAUUGGCCUACCUCGCCGCACAGGCCGACUCUGAAUACUUCCAUGCUCUCCCCACGAAGAUCCAACAAAAGCUUUUCUCCCCCGAAGAGCGCGUGCGCCUGAAGAGAGCCUAUCGAUCCAGUCUCAUUUACGACGCCGCCGACGAAGCAUACCGUCGAGAUAUAUUCCGCAGCUCACGCCCGGCCACCGCCUGUCCCACCCAGACAGUGCCCCGUUCCCGGCAAUCGGAAUUGUCGACGGCCUUUUAUUCGGAUUCCGAAUCCGACGACGAGGAUUCGAACAUGGAGCACACUUUCUACGAUAGCUUCCGGUGGUUGGACGAGGACGGCGACCUGGACCUGUCCCUCGAUGAAUACCACGCCCACGUAGCCGACGCCGCUACUCGCAAGAGAACUCGCCCCUCGUUCCGUCGCUCCUUGUCAUUCUCUACCCAGCUCAAGCGGAAACAAUUGGCCCCCAUCACACCAUAUGCAACACGCGCCCUUCCCCCCGUUCAGUCUCAACCCCUCAGCCCUCUCUCCAAUCGCACAUCGGAAUCACGCCCAUCCUCCCGUCACCGUCCCUUCCACGGGGCCAAAUCCUCUACCUCCAGUAUCGACCCCUCGGCACAAUAUUACCAAGACCCCGAUGCGCGACUCAAGCUGCGUGUGUACCUGGCCUCCCCCCAGAAGUUCGACGAAGCCAUUGAGUUUGGAUUCCCCUCCCUCGAUGACGACGACAAGGAGAACGAUCCAGAGCCUCUCUCCCCCAGACCGACGUUAGUGAACUCCGAUUAUGAGUUUGGCACAUUCUUCGAAGACGACGACGGUACCGUGGUGGGUAGCCCAGGUGGCUCGAUCAGAGAUGUUGCGGUCGCUUCUCCUGUUCUUCGGGAAACCCCUCGUCCAUCCGUCGAGUCGGGCCUCCUGCAACGGCGCCAAUCAUGCCGCCCCAACAAGGGCGUUCCACAACGCCUCCCAGGCAACCGCGAGAUGACGCUCAAAAUGACUUUGACUCGACCGGACCUGCGGGACGACUCUCCUACUUCGUCAACUUCUUCUCAAGAGCAGAAAGAUCCCCUGCGACUUGCCGAGCUCCCACCACCAGACCGUUCCAAGCUCAUCUGGGAUGAUGAUCUCGAUGAGCAAGGCAUGGUCAAGAAGAUGUGGCGUCGACUCCGGCGUCGUGUGUGA